AUGCAUGGGAACAGGAGUGUGAAGAGUCUGGUCAUCUCGGAGGUCUCUGAGGAGCAUCUCAACGUGCCGUUUAAAUGCUGUGGCGUGAACACUGUCGGCAGAGCCUGCGGACACCUCAUCCUCCAAUCAGCCAAUAGGAGGCUGUUGUAUUGCCUGGUGGGCGUGUGUGUGAGCGGCGUGCUGCUGGGUGUGUGUGUGUGUGUGUGUUGGAUCUACCGAGUCGACCUGGUGUUACUCUACCGCUCACUCUGUCCUGCGCUGAACACACACCCUGACGGUAAGCUGUAUGAUGCGUACGUUAGUUACCCCAGUGGGCAGGGCGUUUCCACGGCGACCAGCUUUGCUCUGCAGGUCCUUCCAGACGUUUUGGAGAAAAAGUUCGGACACACACUCUUCAUACGGGGACGAGACGACACACCAGGACAAGCUGUGUGUGAUGUCAUCGAGGAGGCGUUGGCCAAAUCUCGAAGACUCAUCAUCGUCCUGGACGACACACGCAACGAGAUGGACACACACUCCGAGACACACACACACGCAAACACCCAGUGGGAAUAUGAGGACUCAGACAGCCAAUGGACAUACGCAAACUCACAACACACUUAUACAAACUCAAACACAGACACAGAAAUUAUCCCACUCCAGCACACGGAUACUCUUACAAAAAACAAACACCUACAGGCAGACACACACACACAUCUCCAGAUGGCCUCCCAUCCGGACGGGUUUCCUGACAGUGUAUCGGUGUGUGUGGAGCGCAGUCUGGGCGAAUACGCAGCUCUGGUGAACUCGGGACUGAAGGUGCUGAUCGUACACACACACUCAGGAGACACACACACUCACACACACACACAAACACUCGCCUCAGCCCUGCCCGCAACGCUACAAGUCCUCACACGCUCCACACACCCCCUGCACUGGCACACACACACUCACACACACACACACACUCACACUCACACACCAGCCCCGUCGCAACAUCGCUUCUGGAAGGAGCUGAGGUACCAAAUGCCACCACCAAGAAAAACGCACAAGUACACCAGCCCACUCUGA